GUAUUUUGUUGGUUGUAUGGGAUAUCCUGAUUGUAAAAAUGUAAUAUGGUUGCCUGAUUUUAUAUUAGAAGCCAGUGUAGAGGAGUCAGUUUGUGAUAAGUGUACCAAUGUAAAUAAAAUGAAGUUUAAAUAUAAAAGAGGAUCAGUGCCUCCAAUGAUACAAGUAGAAGAUAGUAUAUGUAUUGGUGGAUGUGAUGAAAUGGUCAAUGAAGUCUUUAAUAUUUCUAAAUUUAUUAAUCAAGGUGCUAAUAAUGGUGGAAACAGUAGACCACCAACACAAAAUAGUAGAACUCAGAAUAAUAGACAUCAUAAUAAUCAAAACACAGUGCCUUAUCAGAACAAUAGACCUCACCAAACAACUGUGCCUUUUCAGAACAAUAGAUCUCAAAAUACAGUGCCUCAUCAAAACAAUAAACUUCAAAACACAAUGCCUUAUCAGAACAAUAGACCUCAAAAUCAAAAUGGUGAUUACCCAGUUCAGAAUGGAAGAGCACCAUUAAACAAUAGAGAUAAUAGUUUUAAUAAUGGUAGAGAUGAUUGUAAUACAGGUAGUACUACUAUUGUCUGUAAUUGUGGCGAAGAUGGAUUGUUAUUAACUGUCAGAAAAGAUGGACCGAAUCAAGGUCGUCAGUUUUAUAAAUGUAGUAAACCCCAAGGUACUGGGUGUAAUUUCUUUCUAUGGGCAGAUGAGAACAAUCCUAAUAACAAUUCAAGUAAUAAUUUUACACAUAGGAAUGAUGGAAAUAUCAAUCAAACUAGUUUUAAUAGACAAGUUAAUAAUACAGAUAAUGUUCAGUGUAACUGUAAUGUUGAAGCUAGAAGUUUAGUAGUACAGAAAGAAGGACCAAACAAAGGCAAAUCAUUCUAUGGUUGUCCUAAGCCUAGAAAUGAAGGAUGUGGAUUUUUUCAAUGGGCUGAUCAACCUCCUGGGAAUGGUGGGGGUGGCACAGGCUGGACAAAUAAUGGUAGUACAUAUAAAAACAAACAACAGGGUGGGGCUGGACCCCAAGAUGGUGCUACUAAGAAACGGAAAUGUGGAAUAUGUCAUGUUGAAGGUCAUACAAGAAAAACAUGUCCUCAAAGAUAA